CUUGCACAAAGGCUUUUUAGCAUUUUACUUUCUCAAGCUAAUUGUAAAAGAAACUUUUCAACUCUUAAAUGGUUUAUUGGAGAUAAACGAACUCAUUUUGGAAUUGAAAAACUUGAAGGAAUAGCAAAAAUUAGGUUUUAUCAUAUGGCAAAUAUACAAAAUAAACUUACUUACUUUGAUACUGAGUUAACUGAAUUUGAACUAUGUGAAAUGAUUAAAAUUGCAACAAUCAAUGAUUAUAUUACAAAUGAAAAGGAAUUAAAUAAAAAUAAUGAAAACUUUGAAUUUUUUACUGAAAUUGCAGACUCCAAUAUUGAAGAUAACAUUGAUACGAACUUUAAUUCUGAGGAACUUGUUGAUAUAGUUUUAAGUGUUGAAUUAUAA